AUGGUUGUCGUAGCCGCGGUACCAGCGCGCCUGCGCCCUUUCAGUGUCCCCAUAUUCCUGGCUCCAGCUUUCGCGACUGCCAGCUCCUUUCACAGCUCAGCACCUCGAGAGUUUAGCACCUCACCGACAUCAGCUUCUCGGCGGACGACCGGCCCAAACAAGAAGAGAGGCGUAUCUGCGAUCAGGAGUAUACCACCGAAGCAAAAGACCGAGGUAUACAAAUACGACUUACCCAUACCUAUCAUCAGUCCCGAACGACGAGCCCUAUUCAAGACUUCCGACAAGCAUGGCCUCUGGGGCUUUUUCAACGAGAGGAAACAGCCUAUGGUGCCGGCCGCCGCCGAAGCCCAACACGGUCGCGCAUGGUCAUACAUGGAGCUGACGAUCAAAUCCUUCGAAGACCUUCAUAAGCUUUACUGGAAGUGCAUAUUGGAGGCCAAUCAGAUCAACACGAGAGCGAGAGAGUUGCGACGGACAAGAGCUGGCUACGGUGCCACUGAGAACGAGCAGCGUCUGAAAGUGGUAUGCAAUCCCCUCACUUCUCUAUGA